CCAAACCCAGAAAUGAGGCAGGUUUUGUGCGUGGAGCCCGUCAUUUUCAUCUACAUGUUUGCGUCUUCCUUGACAAGCCCGCUGGUGCAGCAGUUCAUCUACCGGCGGCUGUGGGAGGAGGAGUACAACUCCACGUUCGUAAGCGAUAGCAAUGCCAGUUACUGUGAACAGAAUAAAAGUAGCCCGACUUAUAUCAAGCAGAAGGAAGUUCAAGAAAAAGCCUCUGUUUUUAAUAUGCAGUUGGACUUAACUGGGGCAGCUCCCAGCCUUAUAGUUGCCUUUGUCAUUGUAGCUAAUGGGGAUCGCCAGGGACGCAAAAGGUCUUUAGUUUUACCAUCAGUGGGAGCUUUGAUUGCUGAUAUUUGCCUCACUGUAAUAUCAUAUUUUUCCUUGUCACUCUCUAUCCUAUUUGCGGUUGCAUUUAUUACUGGACUGUUUGGGAGUGUGGCAACUUUCCUUGGAGGAGGCUUUGCUUUUAUAGCAGACGUGUGUCACGAUGAGAAGCAGAAGACAACACGAAUAGCUGUGGUGGAUUUGAUUUUUGGAGUUGUAUCUGGAUUGGCAGGACUGUCAUCUGGCUACUUUCUAAGAGGAAUAGGCUUUACAUGGACAUUUGUGACGGCAUCUCUGCUUCAUGUUGUUAAUAUUAUCUAUAUUAUAUUUCUUCUGGAAGAUACAGUUGGCAUAUCUGAAUUCCAGCACCAGGCACCAGUAUCUUGUAAAGAACUUCUGAGAGAGACAUUUUCUGGAGUGUACAUGCUUUUUAAAACUGCCCCUUAUAAAAAGAGAAUUUUAAUCACUGUGUUACUUUUUACAUUUAUGACUUACUUGUUUACUAUGGUUGGUGGGAGUUCACUUUUUACACUGUAUGAAUUGGAUGAGCCACUCUGCUGGAAUGAAGUAUACAUUGGAUAUGGAGCAGCUGCGUUCACUUCUGUCUCUCUGACCAGCUUUUUAGGAGUUUACUUAUUUUCUAAAUGUCUCAAAGACAUUUAUAUUGUCUUUAUCGGGAUAUUUUCUUACAUUGGAGGAAUGGUCAUGGCUGCCUUUGCCAAAACUACUCUGCUUAUGUUUUUAGUAAGAGUGCCAUCUUUGCUCUGCUUUAUGCCUAUUCCUGUUCUCCGAGCCAUGCUGUCAAAAGUGGUUCUCACUGGUGAACAGGGUGCUGUGUUUGCUUGUAUUGCCUGUUUAGAAGUUGUGACCGGCACUAUUUCACUUUCAGUUUUUAAUAUUAUCUAUGCAGCUACUGUUGCAUGGUUUUCAGGCUUUAGCUUCCUCUUAUCGGCAGGACUUUGUCUAAUUCCACUGGCUGUCCUGUGCUGGCUUCUGUGCACAAGCUGGAAUGGGGAGGACUUGGCUCUGCUUGUACCUGAAGAAGUAUCCAGUAUAGAGAGCGUUGACAGUUGAACGAAGGAUUCACCUACCCGCGUUUUCUAAUCUGGCAUGCAGUGGCAGAGACCGUUAUGUCAUAUAGAGACCAUAGAGAUAACACAAGAGUUGCAGAUGCAAUCUCAAAGUGGCCCUGCAGCAAUAAGCACUAAAUUGGUAGCACUCUUUACCCAGUCUCUUUUUAGCACUUGAAAAAACUAGCUCUUAUACUUAACUAUGCAAAUAGGCUGGCAAUGGAGAUUUUAAUGCUGCUUUCAGCAUGAAGAAAAAAAAUAAGGUAGGAUGAUACUCUUUCAGCUGUGGAUUGUGAUACAUCUUGUAUCAUUCGAAGUGGGGCGACAGAGAUAAGCUUAUCAACUCAGAGGGUGCUGGCAAUUCUGCUGAAGCCAGCGGAGCUCAUGCCAGCUGAGGACGCGGUCCACUGUGUACAUCUUAAAAAGCCUGUCUUAAUGGUGAAGCCCCCAAACCUGUCUAAAAUUACUAAACUAAAAGGUACUUUUUUCAGAAAGCAACCAAACUGGAGGCAGUACUUGUGCCUGCUGUAAGUAGACUUAUUGCUCUGCAGUUAGCAGAGAGUUUUUGAGCAAGUUUAAUGUAUGAUGUGUGGACCUUGCCUGUGACUUAGCUCUUAAAAUGGAUUUUCACACAGAACUGUCAUACUUAGAAAAUUUCCAGCUUGCAGAGUGUGAAGUUAGGCCUAUGCCUACAUUUUGCAGAGGCCAUAUUGCACAUUUAUUUUUAUCGUUUUCCAUAUAUUAGGGACUGCAUACAGACACCUCUAUUUUUUGUCCCAUAGAUAUUUUUUGUUUUCUAGUUAAGUAAGUUGGCUGUACAUAGCUUAAAUGUUUCCUCUAGUGAAAGGCUGUAAUAGCAUUUCUUUUCAGUGGAUCUUUGAUUAUUUUUUUAACAACCCUGAAAUGAGGUGACCAAAUCUGAAUCAUGCAUCUAAUCAUCUUGCAACGAAUGCAGCAUAAUUUAUGAGCACUUGAACAGCAUUUCUCAUCUUCAAAGCACUUUACAAAUGCUAUUAAGAACCUCCUUCCGUACUAGAUAUUAUCCUCCCUGUUGCAGAGAGAGAGAAAUCAACAGAGAGGACAAGUGACUUGCCCAGGGCCACAGUGCAAACUGGUGAGACUGCCAAACCUAGAAUCAGUUUCUGCAUUGACUCUUCACCUUUUUGCUUGAGAUCUUUAAGUAGAAAUUAUCCGGAGUAUUAGCUUCUAGAAUGCACAACACAGCAGAAGUGUAAAUAUAACACCACGUUAAGGACCACUCCCAUGUGUUUUUUUCAGAGAGAGUUUGACAGCCAAUACCAUUCUGAUCCCUGGAAGUACAGGCAGGUUGUAAGUGACUCGCUUCCCCCAAAACAGAUUAGGUAGGGAAAUCAGAAUAAUGUAAGGUGGUUGACAUUCACAGAAGGAAAACUCUAGGAAAGCAACUAUGAUAUGGGAACUGACUUCACAUGCACACAGCAUAGGAUAAAAAUAAAGACGGACAUAGCUUAUGCUGUAUAAUCAAUAAUCUGCUUACAGCCAUUAAUAUCCAUCAUAUGAACAGAGUACUUCUGCAGAGCUUCUCAGUGGUACUCCACCAAAAAAUACUAGUACCACAUCACAAUGAUAUGAUAUUGUAGAUCCUUUCUGUUUGAAAGACAGCAUUGUUUCCAAGCUAUGUAUCGCGAUCACGGAGAAGUUUGGAAGAGGGUUCAAAUAAGGUAAAGGAGAGUUUACACUAUCCAGGAGAUAGUGUAAACUAUCAUCACUGGUGAAAACAGUGCCAUUUAUCCAGGACAGGAGGAAUGAAUAUUUGCACAGCUAAUAACUAUAGCCAGCUCUUACACUUCUGUCCUGAACUACCAAGGCUGAUGUUGGCAAUUAAAGAUCAUUAGCUUUUCCUAGCUAGUUUAGAUACUAGCCAGUAAAUAAAACCGCUUAACUCCCCUCCCUUGAGGUGCCCAAGUUGCUGCCAACUCACUGGAGAAGUGAGCUGAGCUUUACAAUAAUCGGUGUGUCCAAAACAUAAUGAGCACUUGUAGAGAGAUUAAGAAAACACUGAUGUAAAGGAUUUCAGCACAAAGAUUACAUUGUCUUCUUUGCCUCUUCAUUAUGCAGUUAUGUAACACUUUAUGAAAUUAACUAUUUCACACAAAACUGCCUGGAAAAAGUAAAACAAAUGAAGAAGGGGUGUGUGCAUUCACUUCCUCUUCUUCAAUGCACACCUUUGCUAGCACUCGGAAGGUAGCAAGAAAGCAAGCCCAUUCCGCAGUGGCAUUCUGUUGACCCAAAUGAGAACAUGCACCUGCACUUCAGGAAUGGCUUUGUUAUGGUUUGAUUUUGCUGUACAAAGUACUUGCUCUUUGCAAAGUAUUUCUGGUAGACACAGCAUUUAGAACUGGUUGUAAGUUUCAGUCAAAACACAUGAAGGAUAUGAACUGUGUUUUUUUAAAGUGCCUAGCACAGCACAAGUUGAGGAAACCAGGUACUGGUGUGCUUCAGAUUAUUAAAUCAAAAUCUUCCAAGUUUAUAGUAGUUGCUCUGUUUGUAUGUAAAUGCAAAUUAUUUUGACAGAAGUUAAUAAUGAAGUUUGGUUUUUUAAACUCUACAUUGUAUUUGUAGUUCUUGCAUUGUUCUUUGACAAACGGCCAACAGGAUGACCGGUGGAGGAAUGUUUAUGUAAACAGAAGCAGCAGCACUAUGGUAUCAUCUAUUUUUUGUGGUCAUAACACACAAACAGCAGCGCAGGAGGAGGAGGGAGGCAAGGAUGCUGCCCUGAACAUCAGCACCAAGGGGAGGCAGGGACAGCACUGCUGUCCGCAAGAAGUCAGCGCGGGGGCUUGUGUUGCACCUGUCAGACCAGGGGACCUGCAAGCACCUUCCUCCCCUUGCCCAGGUUGGGUCCAAUGCGAGACCAAGGCAGGGUCUGUCCCAGCUACACUUGUCAGCACACCUCGCUUGGCGUGCCUCUGCAGAUUGCUACUUGCAGCACCUGCCUUACAGAAUGAGGCUUGUCUGUAACAGGGAGAAGGGGCUGGGCCAGGAAGACCAGUCCCCAGCCCAACCCACUGCAACGCUGAGCAAGUGCAACCCUUCCUUUUUAUCUCAAAAGCUCUUUGCCUCAGUCCUCUUUGACUCCAUUACUCUAUUAAAAGCAUAAAUUCUUGCAUGUGCCUCUUACACAUACCAUUUGCUUUCCAGCCUGGCUAGCCCCUAAAAUGAGCUUCCUUGCUCUGGAGAUGGGUUGGUCUCACCCAAGAUUAUAAUAAAGUAUACUAAACCUUGAACAAAACCACCUAGAAACUACGUCCAGCCUCCUAAUCUGUGUCCGCUCUUCGCUGCACUAAUGAGAAAUUCUACUAAAUACUCGUCUGAGCGUAGUUUUGCGUGGAUACAAUACAAUACAUCUUUCAACCAACACCAGGAAAGGCCAACUAGCUAGAUACACUGGAGGCGAGGAGCUACAAAGAACCAGUAACUGUGCACAACUAUGGGAGGGCUCCCCGUUUUCUGCACCCCUAUUUCUGGAACAGUGCUGGUAGGAAGGCAGACCUGAAAAUCCUCCUAAAAAUGCAUGCCCAUACCUUAAUUUGUCCCAGACCUGGCAAGGUAACCCCUCAGCCUUUCUAGCCUGAGCCUAGAGCAAUACAAAACCUACUGAACCCCAAGCUUACUUCAAAACAGCAGUUUACUUUUGCUUUAUACAAAACUGCCAAGAAACUUGUCAAUUAUAAAAUAGCAGCCAAUUCUGAUAUUUAAUAAAGUAUAUCAGCUCACAGAAAAAACAGGACAGCUAUGGAAAACAAAAUAGUGAGGAGGUCUACACCUGCACGCUCAAUUUAUUGGUCCUGUGUUUAACCUCACUAAGGCAAAAAAUACAAAUUAAAUUGCUUGUAUUUCAUAGCACAAGCCUCUAAUCUCUGCAAGUGAAAGACAAUUUUAGAAGGUUCACUUCUUAAAUGAAACAAGUUUAAAUAUAAAACCAAAUAAAACCGACAGUAAAGUG